AUGAAUUACACAAAUGAAUUACAGAAGUACAGGGAAAGAAAGAAAAUGAGACACUCAAAGUAUCCUAUUGAUUGGAGACCUGACAAAAGUAAGCAGGCCAAAUACACUGAAUCACCAGUCUACAAGAAUGGGAAUAGAUUGAGAACGUAUCAAUUGGAAGGUGUGAAUUGGUUGAUUAAUCGUUGGUAUUGGAAGACAAGUUGCAUUAUGGCUGAUGAAAUGGGAUUGGGAAAGACUGUUCAAUCAGUAUGUUUUGUAGAUUGUUUAUCUACUGAAUUCCAAUACAACCACCCUGUGAUUGUGAUAGCACCAUUGAGUACUUUGGUGCAUUGGGAAAGAGAAUUCAAGGCAUGGACUGAUUUGAGGGUAUUGACGUAUCAUGGUACAGUAGCAGGAAGAGAGAUGUUGGCUGAAUAUGAAUUCACCAACAAGACAGGAAAUAUCAAUGUGAGACUAUUUGAUGUAAUACUGACGACGUAUGAGAUGGCAAUGAGUGGAAUGGAUCAUUUGAGUCAGUUUGAAUAUUCUGUAGGAAUAGUGGAUGAAGCACACAGACUUAAGAAUCCAAAAUCAAAGGCAGCAAGAAGUUUGAACAGUCUCAAAAUCAAUCAUAAGGUGUUAUUGACUGGAACACCAAUUCAAAACAACCUGAGUGAAUUAUGGGCGUUAUUCAACUUCAUGGACAGUAGCAAAUUCAGUUCACUGAGUGAUUUCUUAGAGGAAUACAAGUUGAAUGACAUCAAAGAUGUAGAGAAGUUACAAGAAUUAUUGAAACCAUUAAUGUUACGUAGAAUGAAGGAGGAUGUUGAGACUACGAUUCCACAGAAAGAAGAGACCAUUAUUGAGGUAGAAUUGACGAUAGCACAGAAAAGAUAUUACAGGGCAAUACUGGAGAAAAACUUUGAGUUUCUAGUUGAUUCAGCUAAGAAGAAUGUUCCUAAUUUGAUCAAUGCAAUGAUGGAGCUUAGGAAAUGCUGCAUUCAUCCGUAUUUAUUGAAA